GACAGUCCCGAUGCACAAAACCUCUUGGCCGAAGUUCUGGAAGCGAGAGGAACUUACCCCGGCACCCGAAAGCCAUCCCACCAAUCCAAUCCCCGGUUCCCCCAAUUUCCAAAAAAGGGUACCCCGCACCCUCAGUUGCCCCUCCGCCUCGGUUUCUGCUUCCUGUCUGCAAGCCCCUUCUCUACCUGCCAACCGUAUGCGCGUGCAACAAAUUCAAGACGGCGUGCAUUAAUUACUUAACUGAUUGCCCGCGACGAGUUGUUCGUCAUCUGCCCACUACACCGACCAUUCCCUCCCCUCCGUUGCCACCUAUCGUCUCUUCUCUAGAAGCCCUCGUCACUUGUUAGUCGCCACUUGUCUUUCUCCCCCGUAAAACACCACAUAUGAAUACAGAAAUGGGUUCCACCACUCAAAACGGAGACGCCGAGGGCGUGCUCGGCCAGGAGUUCACCAGCCAUGUGAUCGAGUCGAUGGGACCAAACACAUCGCCCAGGACGCGGGAGGUCAUGACCGCCUUCAUCCAGCACGUCCACGACUUCGCGCGCGAGGUGCAGCUGACCAUGGACGAGUGGAUGCUCGGCGUGCAGAUGAUCAACUGGGCUGGCCAGAUGAGCACCGACAGGCGGAACGAGGGGCAGCUGAUGUGCGAUGUCAUCGGUCUUGAAUCUCUCGUCGACAACAUCACAUAUCAAGCCGCAGCCAGGAGCGGAAAGCCCGUGACGGCGUCCGCCAUCCUCGGCCCCUUCUGGCGAGCCGACGCCCCCAUCCGGCCCAACGGCAGCACCAUUACUUUCAACACCCCCAAGGACGGCCAGGUCGCCCUCAUGCACGGCAAGGUUACGUGCGCCGAGACGGGGGCGCCCAUUGCCAACGCGGUGGUGGACAUCUGGCAGGCGUCGACAAAUGGUCUCUACGAGCAGCAGGACGACAAGCAGGAGGAGCACAACCUCCGGGGCAAGUUCGUCACCGACGCGAACGGCGAUUACUCGCUCUACUGCCUGCGGCCCACGCCAUACCCUGUCCCCAACGAUGGUCCCGCGGGCAAGCUCCUGAGCAUGCUGGACAGGCAUGAGUGGAGGCCGGCGCACAUCCACCUCAUCAUCCAAGCGGAUGGGUUCAAGCCCGUCACGACGCAGAUCUUCGACGAGGAUUCAAAGUAUCUCGAGGAUGAUAGCGUGUUUGCGGUCAAGUCCGGCCUGACGGUGAAGUUCAACGAGAGGAAGGGGGAUCCGCAGGCGACGCUGGAUCUGGAGUACAACGUCACUCUUGCUCCAAAGAAGUAGCGGGGUUACGAGUGGUUGUUGAGAUCAGGGGAUGGAUGUAUUGGGAGGUGGAGGAGGGAGCUUGAUGCCGAUAUUCUACAGCGCAAAUCUAUUUUAUUUUGUCACAGCGGAAUAUUCAAUCUAUGCUGUAGCUAGAUUGUCAGGCACCACGUUGGUCAGUUGAUUCAGGC